AUGUUCGUAAUAAAUCUUUGUCAAAGACAAAACGUUCGAAUUAAUAGGCAAGGUUGCAAUUUCUAUCCUGCUGGAGAGUAUUUGAAAUUUGUGAGGAUACCAGAGAAUCUGAGUGUCGGAGAUGAAGUGUUGCAAGUGGAAGUGCACCCCAGAAAGAAUCUGAUCCUCCAAGCAGUGGAUAGAGAGGAAGACGCCCAUCUCUUCACAUACAGAGACGUGAACAGAACCCACGUUGCUGUGAUCCUGGCGCAGAGUGUGGACGACCUGGUGGACAAUGAUUCUCCACAAAACAUCGUGAAAUUCAGACUGGGAUGCGACUUUGAUACUGGCGAUGACCUAAUAUCGGCGUUUUUAUCGGUGACGGUGUACAUAGAAGAUAUCAAUGACAACGUCCCGAUAUUUUUGGAUACGCCUUAUAGAAUAAGUGUGGAUGAACUCACGCCACCAGGCUUAACAAUAUUCAAAGGUAUCAGAGCUUUCGACCGAGACAAACCCAACACUCCUAAUUCCGAAAUUCAGUACAGCAUCACGAGCGGAGAUGAGCGCUUUAUACUGGAAAGCUCCCACAAGCCUGCUCUCAUUUUGAAUAAACCAUUGGAUUUUGAUAGCGGUGACAGGGAAUUCGUUCUUGUUGUAACUGCGUCAGAUCGUGGAUCUCCUCCUCGAAGCUCAAAUACAACAGUUCAUAUUUUGGUGCAGGACAAUGACGAUUUACCUCCAAAAUUUACGCACGACGUUUAUCGGACUAAGAUACCCGAGUUCUAUCCUAUCCUUGGCAAAAGAAUCCACAAGGAGCUAACCUUCGAGCCCCCCAUCCGCGCCUUCGACCAGGAUGCGGGCGUGGCGGCGCCCGUGCGCUACGCGCUGGCGGCGGGCGACGCGCGCGGGACGUUCCGCCUCAGCGCCUUGAACGGCAGCCUGUUCUUGGAGAGGGAGAUCGAUCUGGAUGCUGAGACCUCUCUGCCGGGAAACACGUUUGUACUACAAAUCCAAGCGUCUCAAGUAGACAAUCCUCUGAAGACAGCGCAAGCGCGCGUGGAGGUGGAGGUACUGGACCUCAACGACAACCUCCCGAACUUCGAGGUAGACUUCUACAACAUUAGCAUUGUGGAGAACUUGCCUAAUGGCUUCAGCGUGCUGCAGGUGAUGGCGGCGGACCGCGACCAGGGAGACAACGCCGCCUUCUCGUACGAGCUGCGCGACGCGUCCGGCGCCUUCGCCGUCGACGCGCGCUCCGGCUGGCUCACCGUGCGGGACCAGACCGUAUUAGAUAGAGAACAACAUUCCUCAUUACGAAUGAAAGUGUACGCAAAGGAAAAAAUACCAAGCGUCAUCAGCACUUUCACAGACAACCGAUUAACAAAAUGGCGUCGUCCUCACAAAGAGAAAACCACCUAUAUAUUCCCAGACAAAUCAGCCAGCAACGAAAACAUAGAAAUAGUAGAUACAAACCAAAUAAUGUCAUUCGUUACAGUCGAAGUGACUUUGCUGGAUGCGAACGACAAUAACCCUGUUUUUAUACCGAGUAACUUGUACGAGUUUACAGUUAGAUAUGAUACACCAAUAAAUAGUGAAAUAGGGAAGGUUGAAGCAGUUGAUCCGGAUUUAGGUCGGAAUGGGCUAGUUUUGUAUGAUUUGCAAAGGACGAGUAACUUGACUGUGACGUCGCCCUUUGCGAUUGAAGCGAAGACUGGGAUAGUGAGGGUUGUGGAAAGUCCUUUGUUAGAGGGAAGGUAUGCCCUGUUCGUGGAAGCCGCAGACUCUCCCUUGAAUCCUAGUGAAAGGAGAUAUUCUUUGGCAGUUGUUACUAUUGAUGUUGUCGGCGAUUCUAAAGUGGAUACGCCGUCGUUCCUGGGCGCGCCGUACGAGUUCUGGGUGGGGGCGAGUGCGGGCGUCGGCGCCAGCGUCGGACAACUGCGGCUGCGGGCGGCGGCGGCGGCCGGCGUCACUUACGACCUGCUGCACUCGUACGAGGAAGGCGUACCAUUCGCAGUAGAGGAAAGGUCGGGAGUAAUUACAGUAAUAGACGAACUGUCCAAGUUCGACCGACCGCUGUACGACUUCGAAGCAGUCGCCAUAAUAGAAAAUAGAAACAUGACAAUAACAACCAAUGCUACCGUCCACGUGGUCGAUGUGAACGACGAGAGAGGUGUUUUUUUGAAAGGAACGCAUUCACCUUUUGUGUUUCACGUCAAAGAGAAUCUAGCCGGAGCGACUAUUGGACAUAUAUUCCCAGUAAAUGGCAGUUCGUUUUCAAAUAACAGUGGAAAUAUUAAAUUCAUUAUCGCAAACCAACAAGAUGUUGCGAACGAAAUUACUAUUGGUCCUGAUGGUACUAUCUAUACGCAGAAAGCUCUAGAUAGAGAAAAACGAGAUAUGUACAGAAUGACAGUCAUUGCUGAAUUCAAUAAAGGAGUUAUAUCAGGAGCUGGAUUAUAUCAAAUCACUGUACACGUUGACGACGAUAACGAUAAUCCGCCGAUAUUCGAUAUGCCAGUGUAUGAAGGUUUCAUUACAGAAAAUUCUAAAACAGGGACAGAAGUUAAAAUGACUCAUAGAAUUCAAGCAAAUGAUGCCGAUUUAGACCAAAAUGCUGUAUUUAUGUACACUCUCUUUGGAGAUGGACACGAUCAGUUUAAUGUUAACGAAGAAACUGGAGUAGUUACUUAUAUAGGAAAUAAAUUAGACCGAGAAGAAAAAAGUGUGUAUUUGCUAAAAAUUGUCGCGAGGGACAAAGGCAGUUUAAAAUCAGAAGCGAAAUUGACAAUAACAAUCUUAGAUGAGAAUGACAACCAUCCCAAAUUUAAUCAAAUUUUGAUUCCAUUUGGCGAACCGAUAGAACUUUUAGAAGUAGAUGAAAACACAUCCAUCAACAUUUAUAGUGAAAAAAUGAAUAACUCUACGGGUGCUGUGUUGAAAGUAGAAGCUAAACCGAAAGAUAAAUUUGCUGCCACUAACUCUCCUUUAUUCUUAGUGCCAGAGAGUAUUGCAAUUGGGACAACUAUUUUGAAGUUAGAAGCAAUAGAUAUGGAUACUGGUGUAAAUGGGCAAGUUAGAUACGAAUUCGUAUCAGAAAUUUUCAUGCCUCCUUAUGCGGGGCUAGCGAGCGCCUCACAAGUGAAGCGAUAUUUCGUUAUCAAUGAAAGAUAUGGCCACAUAGUUGUUGCAAGAGCUUUACCUCCUGAAUCCGAAUUUCGACUGAAUAUUUCCGCUUUAGAUGGCGGAGAAUUAAGUGACUUUAUAACUAUUAGGUUAUUUAUAAAGGACGUUAAUGAUCACUUUCCAAUGUUCAAGAAAUCCUGGUAUAAUUUCAAUGUAGAGGAAGCUCAAUAUAGUAGACGAGUUUUGGGUAAAGUAGACGCAACCGAUGCUGAUUUUGGCCAAAAUGCUAAUUUAACAUAUUUCUUACAACCUUCAAGUAAAGAUAUUCCAUUUGAAAUAUCGCCUUUGAAUGGUGUUUUAAGUGUUAACGGUGUGUUAGAUAGAGAAAAGGAAGAUAAGUAUACGUUAACUGUUGUGGCUCGGGAUAACGGGUUUGAGAAAAAGCUAUCUUCUUCGGUUAGUGUAGAAAUUCAAGUUUUAGACGUAAACGAUAAUGCUCCAAAAUUUUUCGCAUACGACGAACUAUUGGAAUGGAAACAUCCGGAAGCACAUGAACUUUCAAAUCACAAUUUCGAUUCAGUUAUGAUGUUACCAGUAUAUAAAGCUGUUUUGGAAGAAAAUACACCAAUCGGCACAGUUGUAACCAGAGUAUACGCAAACGACUCAGAUUUUAUUGGAAAUGGCAACGGUUUGAUACUUUAUAGUUUGCCACAAAGAAAGAAUCAGUUAAACAUAUUUAGUAUUGAUUCGAAAGAAGGUAUUAUAACGACAACUACGAGAUUAGAUUAUGAAAGUCAGAAAAUACAUAACAUAACUGUUGUAGCGUCUGACUUAGGGUCACCAAGUUUAAGCUCAACAGCUAUAGUUAUGUUAACAGUUAAAGAUAUACCGGACGAUGUUGAAGUAUCAGACAAACCAGUGUUCAUAAGCCGUUAUUACGAAUUGGAAAUAGAAGAAAACGUACGCACCCCCGUCGAACUAGUGACAUUGAAUUUGACAGAAUAUUAUGAGAAUUUCAAAAUGAAAUAUUACAUUUUGAAUGAAAACGAUACAGAUAUUAAGAAAACAUUUGUUAUAGACCCUCGGAAUGGAACAUUGUAUUUGAUUAAAAGUCCCGAUCGGGAGGUGAGAGAGCUUUAUGAGAUAACAGUUAGAGCGGAAAGACAAAAAAUAAGUCGAGAGCUUCCACAUAUGAUCUAUCCGGUUCCUGAUGACGUUUUUGAAGGAAUGACAAAGUUUGAUGUGAAAGUCGUUGUGAGAAUUAAAGAUGUGAAUGAUAAUGCUCCCAAGUUCGUAACCGGCGGCCGACCGGUAGUCACUGCCAUUCCUACAAACGCUCCCUUCGGAUAUGAAGUUAUUCAAUUACAGGCGACAGACGCGGACGCGGGCCUCAACGCGGACAUCCGCUACUCGCUGGUGUCGGCGGGCGGCGCGCCCUUCAGCGUGGACGCGCGCAGCGGCACCGUGCGGCUCGCGGGGGCGGCGGGCGGCGCGGGGGCGGGCGCGGGCGCGGGGGGCGCGGGGCAGGUGCUCGGCUUCGACGUGAAGGCGACGGACCGCGCCGGAGCCGACGACGGACGCUCGGCCAUUGUCAACGUGUUUACUAAGGAAAGCAAAAAAUAUAUCUUUUGUAUCGUUGGGAAAUGCAUUUACGCUCCCACGGUCCACUCUGCUGUCAGAGAAGUACCAGAAGCAGCCCGCACUGCCAUGUCCCGCCCGUGCCCGCAGGUGUACGUGCUGGCGGAGAGCCAGCAGCUGGUGGUGUCGCUGCGCGGCGCGGCGCGCGCGGCGGCGGCGCGGCGCGCGGCGCUGCGGGCGGCGCUGGCGGCGGCCGCGGCGCUCGACGUGCGCGUGCGGCGCCUGCAGCCCGGCGCCGCGCCCGACCAGACGGAUCUAUAUAUUUACGCGGUGGACCCCGUUUCCAACUCGAUUGUUGACAUGGAAGUUCUACAUAAAGCUCUUCUGAAGCAAGAAGGCUUCCUGCGUGGGGAGCUGGCGGGCUUCCCGGUGCUGGGCGUGGGCGGCGCGCGCGCGGCGCCGGCGCGGCGCGCGCUCGGCUCCAUGGAGCUGAGCGUGGUCGCGCUCGGCUGCCUGGUGUUCGUGGGCGCCUGCGCCGCCGCCUUCUGCAUACUGUGCGUGAGGAAGACUCGCAGAAACCGUCACAAACCAUUUUCCCAACAACGUCUAACCGCUUUCUCGACUGACCUAACUAAAUUCGGAGGUCUUUUCCCGUCCGGGAACAAUCAGUGUCAGGAACUGAACCACUCCUUCAGCGAAGACUCCUACAUAGACGUGGUGAAUCAGACGAUGAAGAAGACCUGCCCUCACACCGCCGUCGAGGAGUUCGGGAAAGUUCACCAGAAAUGUGUGAAGGGACAAUUCGCGGAUAUCAACGGGAAGGAAAAACAUGAGCGAUUGUGUAUCAAGUUCAAUCAACGACCGAUGCAGAAAAGGAAGGACCCAUCGCUAACGUCCGUCACUUCCAGCGGCCGCGACUCCGGCAUCGAGCGCUGCGCCUGCGGCCGCGCCGACAUGCACGCGGAGGAGAGCAGCGGCUGUAGCUACGAGGAUUCACUGAAAUCCAACCACCAAAUCAGAAAGCCACGAACCGACCAACGUUUUAUCCGUCGGGCUUCCUUCAACCACCAGUCCCUGGACCCGCGCAAGUACUCCCACAGGAGACAAUCCUUCUCCGAAAACAUACAAAAACAUUUCCCAUUCGAGAGAAUAGGCUCAGUCCCUCACAUACCGUCUAAUUCAUAUUUCUUAAGGAAAUCUAGAAAUGAUGUCAGCGAGCCGGUGAUUGAUUAUGAACAUAGUGAAAUAGAUGACGUGUUUGAUACUAGAGUGCGGGACAGAGCGGGUUUUACGGGAAAGGAGCGGGAUAGAAUGGUGUUUUCCCGGCCCUUA